CUCUUUGCGUCAUGUCGGGCACUUGAUUUUUAUUUUUAUUUUUAUUUUUAUUUUUAUUUAUUUAUUGUUUUAUAAAUUCCUCCUUGAUCGCUUUCCAUCUUCCACCUCCCCCUUUCUCUCCCAGGGUGAUUUUUUUUCCUCCUCUCUGGGUUUGCCCAUGAGCCUCCUCGGGAGCUACCGGAAAAAGACCAGCAACGAUGGUUAUGAAUCCUUGCAGCUGGUGGACAGUAACGGGGACUUAAGUGCGGGGAGCGGCGGGGGUGGCGGCAAGCAAAGAGUGAAUGCUGGGACCUCGGCGGCGACGCGGAGUCCCGCCCGGCAUCCUCCGGACCGCGCCAGCACCAUGGACAGCUCAGGUGCCUCAUCUCCAGACAUGGAGCCCAGCUCUGGGGGAGGUCUUUUUGACAUGGUGAAAGGAGGUGCAGGGAGGCUAUUCAGUAACCUAAAGGACAACUUGAAAGAUACCCUCAAAGACACAUCUUCUAGAGUUAUCCAAUCUGUUAGCAGUUAUACGAAGGGAGAUUUAGACUUCACAUAUGUUACCUCAAGAAUUAUUGUGAUGUCCUUUCCUCUGGACAAUGUUGACAUAGGAUUCAGGAAUCAGGUUGAUGACAUUCGAAGCUUUUUGGAUUCCAGACAUCUUGACCAUUACACAGUGUACAAUUUGUCUCCUAAGUCUUACCGAACUGCAAAGUUUCACAGCAGGGUCUCAGAAUGCAGUUGGCCCAUCAGGCAGGCCCCUAGUCUGCAUAACCUCUUUGCUGUGUGUCGGAAUAUGUAUAACUGGCUACUACAGAACCCUAAAAAUGUCUGUGUUGUGCACUGCUUGGAUGGACGGGCAGCAUCGUCAAUUCUGGUUGGUGCUAUGUUCAUUUUCUGUAAUCUUUACUCUACUCCUGGCCCAGCUGUUCGAUUGCUGUAUGCAAAGCGACCAGGAAUUGGACUUUCGCCAUCCCACAGGAGGUAUCUGGGCUAUAUGUGUGACCUACUGGCAGACAAACCCUACCGCCCUCAUUUCAAGCCUCUCACAAUUAAGUCGAUCACUGUCAGUCCAAUCCCCUUUUUUAACAGACAGAGAAAUGGAUGUCGCCCUUACUGUGAUGUCCUGAUUGGAGAAACCAAAAUAUAUACAACCUGCACAGAUUUUGAACGAAUGAAAGAAUACCGUGUCCAGGAUGGAAAAAUCUUCAUUCCCUUGAGCAUCACUGUGCAAGGAGAUGUGGUUGUUUCCAUGUACCACUUGAGGUCAACCAUUGGGAGCCGGCUGCAGGCUAAGGUGACCAACACACAGAUAUUUCAGCUUCAGUUUCAUACUGGAUUCAUCCCACUGGAAACGACAGUUUUAAAAUUCACUAAGCCUGAGUUGGAUGCAUGUGAUGUACCAGAAAAAUAUCCUCAGCUAUUUCAGGUGACAUUGGAUGUAGAACUGCAGCCCCAUGACAAAGUAAUAGACUUAACUCCGCCGUGGGAACAUUACUGCACAAAAGAUGUCAAUCCCAGCAUCCUCUUCUCUUCUCACCAGGAGCACCAGGAUACUCUUUCCUUAGGAGGACAAGCUCCAACAGAUAUCCCUCCAGACAACCCCAGGCAUUUUGGGCAAGGUGGCUUCUUUUCCUCUCUCUGCUGGCAAGAUCAGAAAUCAGAGAAAUCAUUCUGUGAGGAGGACCACGCUGCCCUUGUGAAUCAGGAGAGUGAGCAGUCGGACGAGGAACUUCUGACUCUUUCCAGUCCACAUGGCAAUGCCAGUGAUGACAAACAUCAUGGAGCCAAGAAGCCCAGCAAAAAGCAGCCAGAGCCAGCUGCACCCCCUCCUCCUGAGGACGUGGACCUCCUGGGCCUGGAAGGGUCUGUAGUGAGUAAAAACUUCUCUCCACCGGCAGCUCCUCCCACCAACUCUGAACUACUGAGUGACCUGUUUGGGGGUGGAGGCGCGGCUGGCCCUGCCCAGGCUGGACAGUCAGUGGUGGAAGACGUGUUUCAUCCUAGUGGACCUGCAUCCGCCCAGUCGACACCACGCCGUUCUGCCACCUCCACCUCUGCAUCUCCAACCCUAAGAAUGGGAGAAGGUGCCACCUUUGACCCAUUUGGAGCACCUUCUAAACCAUCAGGUCAAGAUUUGCUGGGUUCUUUUCUGAACACAUCCAGUGCUUCCACUGACCCCUUUCUUCAGCCUACAAGAAGUCCUUCACCAACAGUGCAUGCUUCCAGUACACCUGCUGUGAACAUUCAGCCAGAUGUUUCAGGAGGUUGGGACUGGCAUGCUAAACCAGCAGGUUUUGGAAUGGGAAGCAAGUCAGCUGCCACCAGCCCAACAGGAUCCUCGCAUGGCACUCCUACCCAUGUAAACAAGCCCCAUGCUCUGGAUCCUUUUGCCGACCUUGGGGCACUUGGUACAAACUUAGCAGGUAGCUCUUCGUUUGCCAGCAAACCCACCACACCGACUGGACUGGGUGGAGGCUUUCCGCCCCUCAGCUCACCACAGAAAGCAUCUCCCCAGCCUCUCAGUGGAGGGUGGCAGCAGGGGGCUGGCUACACCUGGCAGCAGUCGCAGUCCAAGCCACAGUCCAGCAUGCCCCACUCCUCUCCCCAGAACCGACCCAACUACAACGUGAGCUUCUCAGCCAUGCCUGGGAGCCAAAAUGAGCGUGGGAAAGGAUCGGCCAGUUUGGAAGGGAAACAAAAAGCAGCUGACUUUGAAGAUCUGCUCUCUGGUCAAGGUUUCAAUGCACACAAAGACAAAAAGGGGCCUCGAACAAUAGCUGAGAUGAGAAAGGAGGAAAUGGCAAAGGAGAUGGACCCUGAAAAAUUAAAAAUCUUGGAGUGGAUUGAAGGCAAGGAGAGAAAUAUUAGAGCACUUCUCUCCACAAUGCACACUGUGCUAUGGGCUGGGGAGACCAAGUGGAAACCAGUUGGCAUGGCAGACCUGGUGACGCCAGAGCAGGUGAAGAAAGUAUACAGGAAGGCUGUCUUGGUGGUGCACCCAGAUAAAGCUACUGGGCAACCCUAUGAACAAUAUGCAAAGAUGAUUUUCAUGGAGUUAAAUGAUGCCUGGUCUGAAUUUGAAAAUCAAGGACAAAAGCCCUUGUAUUAAUUUAUGAGCCUUUCCAUCUCUGCUACAGACCUGUACUAAUGCUUAGUGUGUAUCACAAUUCUGAGGUUUUCACAGAUGAACCAAAACUUCCAGUAACCUGUUUCCAGUACUAAACUGUUAAAUUACUAGUGAAUUAAUUCCUCAUUGAUAAAGAAUGUAGAUGUUUGGUUUCUCAAAGUCUCCACCCUAAAAUGUUGAAAGCAAGAGAGAAACUUUUAGCCAGGUUGGCCUUGCAGUUGCAACAUUCCAGCCUGCCCUUUGGGGAGCCUACUCAGCAUUCUGCCUGGAGGAACUGGAAAACAGAGGCUGCAGAAAGCAUAGCACUCAUCUCGUUGAUUAAAUGAGCAAAAGUCAUGAUAGGAUUCUAUGAUGGUUUUAAGAUUUUCUUGAAAAGAUGUAAUGUGGGUAACACUUUACACAGACUCGAGGAACAAAGUCACCAAGUUCUUUUUGUUUGUUUGUUUGUUUUUAAUUAGUAUGGCCUAUAGCAUAAUAGUGCACACUUCUUUUGGUCAAGAGGACUACUAUAGAAUAACAUGAAUUGUGGGAAGUGAUUUUACUACAAUCCAGUAAUUACCACUGUCUCUUCCUGGAUGAGCUAAAAAUUAAUGGAGAUUCUGGCUGAAGAAAAUAGGGACUCUGAAGAUGUAGAACAUUUUAUGUCCUAGUCAGGGGUUGGGCUGCUACCUUCCUUCUCUUCAGAAAACUGUGGUCGAUUAAAUAAAAGACUUAAUAGCAUAACAACUCUAAACCAAAUUUGAAAGAAACUUCUAAUUUUGCCAUAAGGAGGUUCUUACCUGGAAACAGGUUGUGAAGCAGUUUGGCCCACUCACAAUUUAUCAGGACUGACAUCUAGUAUGGAUUCAGUAUUCUCUAGUUUUGUGAGUGGUUGUGGUAAGAGAAUAGAAGACAACACACUGAGUAUUUGUCAGGAGAAAUGAAUGUGCAGCUGCAGUGAGAGAGCUGUACUUGCCUUCUGACCAAAUCAGAUGGCUUCUGUUAGUAUUUUGCUUUCAGGAGCCAGGUACACCCACCCCACUUGGUGAAUCUGGACCCCUUGGAUUAUUACAGUGGGGUUUAUUGUUUUAAAAAUAGCUGAGGGCUCCAAAGAACAACAUUCACACAGGGACAUCUGUGAAAGCAAAGCAAGAAUGAGAGCUUUCCAGACCUCACACUGGUUGGAUUUCAGUUCAGUGUUUUGGCCUUGACUCAUUUUGAAGACUAAGCAGUCGUUAUCCUUUGAUUGCCAUAGAUCAGUUUUGGUGUGCACAUACACAAUGUGCAUAUUAUAUAUAUGCAAAGCAAAGGGGCGAAAAGAUUUCCAUACUAAUCUUAAAUGGUUUGUAUCAAUAUUGUGAAAAGCCUUCAAAAGUUAUUUUUAAAAGACAAUCAUUUUUUUGUUUCUCUUUUAGUUUUCUCGUGGCAAACUGUACCAGAAAAGCAGCAUGUCAGAAAUACUUUAUGUUCUGUAUAGACUCUCUCUCUUUUUUUUGUCUUGGUUAUAAAGAUUCAUUAUUUAUUUUACCUUUUACUGACAAUGUGAAACUCACAGAAAAUGUUCUCUUUUAAAAUAUACAGCUGUAAACUGUUCAAGGUACCAUAACAAACUAGGUGUUAUUUAUUAACAUAUUAUGAAAUAAUGUUUGAUCCAGUAUGUGCUUGUCUUAUUUAAAAUUGGAAUGUGAGACAUGUUGCCGUGACUUGUUUUUUUUCUCAUUCACAUUUGUAGAUAUUGUGUGAACUACAGUAUAUAAUGAUAAUAACUAAAAGGAUAUUAUGUGGAUGUCAUGUACAUUUUGAAAUUAUAAAACUAUAUUAGCUGUGUAUCAUGCUUGGAUGAUCCAUCAAUAUUCACAGUUUAAAACAUCAUUAAGCAUUAUGUAAUUAGCAAUGAGAAGGAAUCUUACCCUAACUUAAAUUUGGGGAUUUUCCCCCAUGUCUCUUUUCUGAAUACAUUAUAAUUAAGACCCCUAUUUAUCUCAAAACUCUUAACAUAUACAGACCAACAGGUUUUUGCAUUCCUUUUAAAUAUCUGGUUGUGACUGAGCUUGUUGAUCAAAUUCACUGUUUCAUUCACAUUUAUUGUAAUAUAUUUUUUGUUUUGUAAAUAUGUUGCACACAACAAAAUGUGAUUGGUCUAAAAUAUUUGUAAUGUAUAUUAAAGGCUUAAAAAUA